AUGAAACGACCAAUUAGUGAUAAUCACAUAGUUUUCGACAAUCACCUGAUUGUUGAUACAACUGCUCCUACGACCUCAAGAAGCUCGGAAAGCGCCAAGGACUGCAGAAAACGAAAAGCCCUUCGCAUCCAGUAUCUAGCUGAAAGUGUACGAUUGCGUGAGCUCACUGUUAUAAAAAUGAAACGUGAUAUUGACAAAUUGCUUGAGUUGUGUCAGUACAUAGAUCAAGGAGAUGUACCAGUGUCACUUUUGGAAAAGUGUGGGAUAUCAGUAUAA